AUGGCAGAAGCGCACAGCGUGGCAGCUUUGUCUUUUACUUUGACGCACGAUGGGGUCUCAGUUUCUUAUGAUCAGGAACUACUCCGCGACAUCUGGCAUGCGUUUUCUAGAGCCUAUAAACGUCGAGUAGCACGCUUCAAGAAUAAUUUUUAUACUGGUAUUUUUCCUGCGAACACUUACACGUUUUUAACGGUAAUUAUUUCGCUAACCUUUCUUUCUGUGUUUCAUCGUGAUCUCUCUCUCGGUAUCGUUCCCUUCGUACGUCACUACAUCUUUGGUGAUGGAGUGGUGUCCAAUAUUUUGUCGCUUUUUACUUGCGGAACGUUGAUUUGGUUUGUUGCAAUUCAAACACUUCGACUUUCGUUGAAAAUACUGCUGAGUUACAAAGGGUGGAUGUAUGAAAGCCCUCAUGCAAAAAGUAUAUCAGCUGCUUCGAAGCUUUGGCUUGGGGCAUUACAUAUGAUCUCAAAAUGUGGCCCCAUGUUACACUCUUUCCAAGGAGCAUUGCCUCAUCUUCCUUUGCCGGGUCUUGAAGAUACGCUGCGAAAGCAUUUGGAAACAAUGCGCCCCAUCUGUAGCGAUGAAGAAUAUAGCGAAUUAGUGGUGUUAACUGACAAGUUUCGACUAGGUAUUGGUCGAAGACUUCAACGCUACUUAUUAAUUAAAAGGAUUUUGUCGGUCAACUACGUUACGGAUUGGUGGGAAGAAUUCGUUUAUUUGAGACAGCGUUCUCCUAUAAUGAUUAACAGCAAUUAUUAUGGAUUUGAUGCUCUAAGAGCCCAGAGUAGCAUGCAGCAGUCGGCUCGUGCUGCAAACUUAGUUUGGAUUGCCUUCCAAUUUCGACGUAUGGUCGAACGGCAAGAAAUAACUCCGUUCUCUUUGUCUCCUCGUCAGAAGGUACCAUUUUGCACGAUACAGUAUGAAAGAAUAUUUAAUAGUUGUCGUGUCCCAGGUGAAGAAACUGAUCGGUUUUGUCACUGGGAUGAUGCUAGACAUAUUGCUGUUUUAUACAAAGGAUGCUAUUUUCGUUUACCUGUCUACACCGGGAAGAGGUUGCUCUGCCCAGCAGAACUUCAGAAAGCUUUUGAAGCUAUCCUUAAUGGAGACUUUACCCCUGCUCCUGGUGAGGAAGAUUUGGCAGCAUUAACGGCUGGUGAUCGUACUCCGUGGGCGAUCGCUCGUAGAAAAUUUUUUUCUGCUGGAGUAAACAAAACUUCGUUACAGGCCAUUGAACGUUCUGCUUUUAUAACUAUCCUGGAUAAUGAAGAAGUGUCGUAUGAUCCGGAUGACCCCUCGAAACUGAACCAUUGGGCUUGCAGUUUGCUUCAUGGGAAUGGCAAUGAUCGGUGGUUUGAUAAAUCUCUCAGUCUAAUAGUGUACAAAAACGGUCGUUUUGGAGCUAAUGCGGAGCAUUCUUGGGGAGAUGCUGCAAUUACUGCCCAUCUUCUUGAAUAUUUGAUUGUCUCGGAUUUCUGCAAGCAGGGCUAUGAUAAAGAUGGAAAUGCAAUCGGAGAAGUGUCUUUUGUACCGAAACCGGAAAGAUUGAAAUGGAGCAUUGAUAGAGAACUUCAGGGUGUAAUUCAAAAUAGUUUGGUCACCGCAAAGAACUUAAUUGAUGACGUUGAAAUGUCAAUACUGGUAUGGACAGAAUUUGGCAAGGGCCAAAUAAAAAGAAUGAAAUUAUCUCCAGAUAUGGCAUUUUUGUCGUAUAUUCUUCCUCAAAUUUUCUUCUCGCUUAGAUUGAAAAAUCAGAAUCAUUUUGCCCUCACAUAUGAGGCAGCGACGACUCGUUUGUACCGAGAAGGUAGAACAGAAACUGUGAGGUCUUGUACGAAGGAGAGCUGUGACUUUGUUCAUGCUAUGUUGGACCCUACUCAGACAACUGAGGAACGAUUAAGGUUGCUUCGUGUUGCUUGCAAUCGUCAUCAGGAACUUUAUAGAGAAGCGAUGUGUGGGAAAGGGGUAGACCGACAUCUUUUUGCCUUGUACAUUGUUAAGCGGUACCUGGAAGAGGAGUCACAGUUUUUGGAUAAGAUCUUCCCACCGACUUUUAUGCUGUCCACCAGUCAAACGCCGCUUAACCAAUGUUAUGAGGAGACAGUUUCAUUAUCUGAUGCUCAAAAGUUUGAAUUGGUAAGUGCAGGUGGCGGGUUCGGUCCAGUAGCAGAUCGUGGGUAUGGAGUUUCGUACAUACUGGCAGGAGAGGAGCAGAUUUCGUUCCAUGUUUCUUCAAAGAGGUCUGCUAGCAAUACGAGCUCGAAGGGAUUCUGCAGUGACAUUAAGAGAAGCCUUUGUGAUAUGCGCAACCUUUUUAUUCAAUGA